CGCCCGCGCGCCCGUCACCGGCAGAUCGAUCGAGAGGAAGCUGGGCUGGCUAGUACGCACGUAGAGAGAUCAAGAAAGGAGGGAUAGACCAUGGACACCGGCGGCGGCGGCGGCGGCAUGUUCACGGCCGCCACGCGUGGGCGCAGCCUCGAGCUGCCACCAUACAUGCGGGAGCAGCCGCAGCCUCAGCCACAGGAGAGAAGGGCGAUGGACGCACGGACGAUGCAGCUCUUCCCAGGCGGCGUCACAUCGCCGUCGUCGUCGACCCAAGAACGAGGACGGCCGGAAGUGCAGAAGGCGGCGACGACGGCGCCAUUGACCAUCGUCUAUGGCGGACAGGUGCUGGUGUUCGAGCACUACACGGCGGAGGCAGCCGAGAGGCUGAUCCAACGGACGCAGCAGCUUGUGGCUGCAGCUGGUGGCGGCAAUGCCGUUGCUGUCAACCCGCCGGAGCCCAUGUCGACACCUGUCUCGAGGCUCUCCGGCAGCGGCGGCAGCAGCAUAUGCAUGCCGAUCGCGAGGAAGGCGUCGCUGCAGCGCUUCCUCCAAAAGAGAAAGCACAAUUAACUGACAGGAUCACAUCGAGAUAGGGACAUACAUGCAUAUAUAUGGUAGCCUCGCCGCUCCACCGGCGACGACGGAGGAAGGACGGCUCGGCAGGCAGGCCCUCAAAUCAAACCCCAUAGGAAUGAUGAAGCACCGGCUAACUAAUAGAUAGUGCAAGAUGAAUAGAUGAUGAUUUGAGUGUUGUCGUCCCUGUUGGAGAAUUAUUCUUCUUGUUGUUGUUAAUUGUAAUUUGCAUCUCGUGAAGGGCAUAUAUUGGAAGAUGGAACCUAAUUAAGCUAUGUUCCUCAGUAAGGACACGUGGUGUAUUAAUUCUUUUUUAUCAGUUUUUUUUUGAUGUACAAUUAUCAUUUAAUUGUUUUGUAUAUGUGUAAUAUCUCUGAUAGUACUUAAAAGCGGGUUGUCUCCCCUUUUGCUUCUCCCCACAUCACUUG